ACCGCGUUACUCUCUCCACUGUGCGAGCACCGAGGAGUUGAAAUUUCAUAAGUGAAACCAUGACUUUUGGUUUUUGAAGUGAAAACCGAGAGGAUGUACUGGACAUGUGUCUACCUGCUGGUCCUAAUGACAUUCAGCUCCCUGUCUUGCGUCCAGGUUCGAACAAAGGUUCCCCUUCCCUGCCUAGACUACCAAAGGGCCUUUGGACGCUCCUGCUAUGAGUUUGUGGAUCUCCAGCUCAGUCUCUUCAGCGCACAGGCUUGGUGCGAGCAGCGCGGUGGACACCUCGCAUUUAUCCCAGAUGAAGAAACUCAACAUUUCCUCCAGAGGCUCUUGGACCCCAAGAAGGAGGUGUGGCUCGGACUGGCACCUUCUGCAUCUCCAAACCUAACAAAUCCUGCAACCCAUGAAGGGGCCCUCUCUUGGCUGGACGGUUCACAUAUCACAUAUUCAAACUGGGUGAGCAGCCCGCAGCCAGGAGCAGCUUGUGGACACACGCUGAGAGACUCAGACUUCCAAUGGGAAGCCACAAGAGACUGUAAAAAAAACCUUCACUUUAUCUGCCAGUUUGAUUCUGGGAGAUCCAUUGUGUGCGCAGGUGAAAACACCACUGUGCAGUGCGGUUCUGGUCAAGUCUUGAUGAUAGAUGGCGGCUUCUACGGACGUAAGAACAUGUAUUACUGUCGAUCUACUCAAACAACAUCCACAGGACACCAGUGCGGCUGGAAGGAUGUCGUAGAAUUAUUAAAAGCUCACUGCCACGGCCGUCAGGCAUGCAAUAUUUCAGAACUCGUGGGCUCCUUUGGUGAAUCGUGUCCUCAGGUUGGGAGCUAUCUGUCUGUAGAACAUCACUGCAAAGAUGGGCUCACGCUGUCAGUCAGCGCUGCAGCGGCAGUUUUUGAAGAAGUCACCAUCAGCUGGAAGUGGCUCUUGGAUUUGCCACAGGGAAACCCCAGCUGCAAGCUGAGCACCGGAGACGGCCGUGUUAUUGAUCAUCACAGUCAAGAGGGGCUGGAGAGGAGCGAGGCGCACAAAUAUACUCAUCCAAGCACAUUUGUUGUGGCGGUUGAAUGCACCAGCAAUGACGUACACAUCAGAGCUCAGAAGACAAUAGCCAUUCAAGAACCCAUCAAAGGGUUUGGCGUCAUCAGGUGCUAUACUGGGAAACUGUCUUUUAAUGCAAAAAACUGUAAAGCCCUUCACAGAGAGCCUGUUCAAAUUCAAAUGGAGGUAAAAGCAGGUACACAUGUGACUUAUAGAAUCCAGAGUGACGAAAGUGUGUUGCAUGGUUUAUCCGUAUUUAAAGGAAACGUUCCCCAGAACCUCACAGUGACUUCAGAAAUGAUGAAGCAGUUUGGCCCCGGCUGCCACCGGCUCACCGUGUACGCGUCUAACAUGGUCACAUACCCUGAAGUGUCCACAGACCUGCAGAUGUGUGUGUUGGAGAAAGUAGGCGGGCUUCGGGCCUCUGUGCUGACGCAGGGGAAUGCUUACGGAUACUCUCCAGGUACUACUGUUGGUGUUUCCCUGGAACGAGGAGCGCCGGUGCAGCUCCUCUUCUCUCUGAAUGGAGAAUCAUACUCUGAGGUCCGAGAAAUGAAUACUAGCGAGGACAUAUUCCAUUUUGCACAUCCGUUUCGAGGACUUUUCCAUGUGAAACUCAGAGCAUGGAAUAUCUUUUCAUCGUUGGAAGUGGAUGUGUUUACUUUCUCUGGCAAAAAUUCAGCUGCUAAACCAAAUGGGCAUGGCUACAUGAGACCGAGAAAGAAACACAGAGCUGUCAGAUCUCCAAUGGAACUGAAGUUUUUACAAUUAGGAGGUGGCAACUCCAUAUAUAUUCUGCUUUUAAGUACCAAUAUAAUUUCCUCAGAAGAAUACGAGUGGAAAUGCAAGAAUCCGUGUGGAUGCAUAGGAAUAUGGAAGGAGACAACUCACAUCAUUACUCAAAAUUGCCUACCAGAUCCAUUUAAUUUUAAUAGAUAUUAUUUUGUUCAGAAAGACUCGCAAAGUAAGGAAAAUACGUCUAUAUGCGUCACUGUCACCCCCGAGUUGUGGCCAUCUUGGCUAAGUCUCACCUGCACUAAUGGUUGUAAUCCAAUAACGAAGAACACUGAUGCAAAAAUUGAAAUGAAAUGUGAUGGACGAAUAUUGUGUCCAUCAAUUGUAUGGUACUUAGAGGACCAACAAGAUGAGAAGGACUGGGAAAAUGAAACUAAAGAAUGCUACAAAAAGGCAGAGACAAGGCCACUCCUAAGGGAACAGGUUGGUGGAGACAAAUUCACCGUGCCUUAUGAAACACUUAAAGCUGCCGAAUCGGAAAAACGUGACGUCAUUGUGAUGAUAAUGUCUGAUGGCGAACUUCUUUACAAGAAAUACAUCAUAAAAACAUCAUCUAGAAAUGGAGGAAACAGUGACUCUAGUGACCCUAGAGUCACGUCUCCAACCGCUACAACUGCUGGUCCUGGAUCUACAACAACUGGCACCAGGGCCACCACUACCAAGUCUACAACCGCUACCACUGCUGGUCCUGCAUCUACAACAACUGACACCAGGGCCACCACUACCAAGCCUACAACCGCUACCACUGCUGGUCCUACAUCUACAACAACUGGCACUAGUGCCACCAGUACCAAGUCCAUAAACGCUACCACUGCUGGUCCUGCAACUACAGCAACUGGCACCAGUGCCACCACUACCAAGUCUACAACCGCUACCACUGCUGGUCCUGCAUCUACAACAACUGGCACCAGUGCCACCACUGCCAAGUCUACAACCGCUACCACUGCUGGAUCCUACUCAACAUCCCCUGGCAGUAGUGACACCCCUCCCAACCCUAAUCCUACUAACUCCAAUUGUUUAUCUCCAACCAACAACAACUUUGAGGGCCUUAACUGUAGCAUAUCCCCACAGAGUGGAACAAUCCUUGAUGUUUUCACUAUAAUGUGCAAUACUCCUUGCUCCAACUGCCGGUACUGUUUCAAGACUGAUAUGGCAGGUCACCUUCUGCGUUGCAGCAAUAACAAUGAAAUUAAGUCUGUCUUCCUCCCUCUGGGAGACAGCAGCUUUGACUACAUCCUCACUGUCACAGCAACUGCAAAAAAUGGGAACUAUGUGUGGAGCACGACUAUAACUGCAAAGGUGAUGGAUCCGUGCUCUCCCGUAGACGAUAUCAAGGCUUCUCUGGAGAAUGCUGUGGCUCAGCUAAAAAAACAAGGUCUACUGUCAGCAGAAACUGUGGGACAACUCAUCAAUUCUGUCUCCAAUAAACUGAACAGUCAAUCAGAUCAAGCAAACUCAGCGGACCGACAAAAGCUUCGUGAGAAAAUGUUGGACAUACUGAUGAAUACAGUAAAAGAAGCUCCGACUCUAACCCCUGAAGAAGUCCAGGUGAUAGCUAGAGCGCUUGCUGCUGUGAUCCAGAUGGGCACUGAGCUCAGCCGCUGUGCUCAGGAGAAGGCUUCACUACUGUUUGAAAACCUAAGUUCAGAUCUACUAUGCAUGAAAGUCAUUGAAAGUGAAGACACCGUGAUUGAAAUUCACGCUGCAGUCAGUGCCAUUUUGGAGGGAGUGUGCCGUAUCCUGGACUUUUCUUGCAAUAAAAUUGCCUGUGAUGCCGCUUUGCUUACUCUGAGCAAUACACAGAGUGCACUGUUAGCAUUUAAAGAUGUCGACAAAGCUCCAACUAUCAUCCGCGAGCGUCACCUUUGUGUGUUUGUUAAUAGAGUGACAGUGGGAAACUUACAUAAAGAGAUUAUAAACACUCCCAACUGUUCCAGCAUGACAUUUUCUCUCCCAGCACUCUCCAAAAUAGGACCUUCAUAUGAACCAGUGGAUGUACGAAUGCUGACUUUAGAGCAAAACCCAUUUUGCUGGAAUAAAAGGGGGAGCAUCAGUGGCAAAAUAGGUGCUGUCUCCCUCACAAGAGAAGAUGGUUCUAUAAUCCCUGUGGAGAACCUGAGCGAAAACAUAAAGAUUCUCAUACCAAGGCCUGAAGGGGAGAAGGUGAAAACCUCUGUUUUGGACCUGAGGGACUACAGCACAACAGUCAUAGACAUUCCUUCAGAUGAUUCUACGCUCGUAUUAAAGAUGGUGCCUUCAUAUGAUCCUUUACCCCUCAAACUGUUCCUUGGUUAUAUGGACUACCCAACUAAAACAAAUCAUGUUGCAAUGACAGAGAUGCCUCACCAGGGAGAAACACAAGAGGAGAGAUACACUUGGCUACUAGACGCUAAGGAUUUAAAGGGAAACCGUGGAAAACACUAUCUUGUAGUGAGGCCCAUUGUAGGUCCCGGUAUAAAAUCCAUCAAUGCAAGUUUAUCCAUCACCUCCUUCACUACCGCCUGUAAAUUCUGGAAUGAAUCAACAUUGGAGUGGAGCACUUUUGGAUGCAGGGUUGGUGUUCAAACCACACCUCUAGUAAUCCAGUGCCUCUGCAACCACCUCACCUUCUUUGGGAGCUCUUUUUUCGUCACUCCCAACCUGGUAGACCCGUCACGCACCGCGGAGCUGUUUGGCACUUUUGGUGAAAACCCUGUGGUUGUCUGCUUUGUGGGGGCUCUCUUUUUGGUGUAUCUUUUGGCGAUUGUGUUGGCACGACGUAAAGACAUUAAAGACAUUGUGAAGGUGAAGGUAACUGUGCUGGCGGACAACAACCCCAUGGACGAGAACGGCUACCUGUUGAGUGUCAGCACAGGGUAUCGGAGAGGAGCCUCCACUUCUUCCCAGGUGACCAUCACUCUGCUGGGUGCAGAGGGAACCAGUGAACCACAUCACCUGACGGAUCAGAAGAAAUGUGUGUUUGAGAGAGGCGCGGUGGAUGUGUUCCUGCUAACUACACCCUUCUCCCUGGGAGACCUGCAGGGCAUCAGACUGUGGCACAACAACUCAGGAAGCCAUCCUGCCUGGUUUGUUGGCAAUGUUGCAGUUCAUGAUAUACAGACCGAUCAGACAUGGCAUUUUCAAUGCAACUCCUGGCUGGCUAUAGACAUAGGGGAUGGUACUGUCGAUAAAGUUGUUCCUGUUUCGACUGAAAUGGAUAUGAAGAGAUUCAGUAACUUGUUCUACAUGAAGACUACCAAGGAUUUCAGUGAUGGACACCUUUGGUACUCUGUGAUCAGUCGACCACCAGGCAGCAACUUCACUUGUGUUCAGAGAGUCUCCUGCUGUUUUACACUGCUGCUCUGCACCAUGCUGACCAGCAUCAUGUUUUAUGGCAUCCCAACGGACCCCUCGGAGCAGACCAUGGACCUGGGUCCCUUUGAGUUCAGCUGGCAGCAGUUCAUCGUUGGAGUUCAGAGUUCACUCAUCAUGUUUCCCGUUAAUAUCCUUAUUGUUAGCAUUUUUAGAAACACUCGCCGACGGGAGACGUCUUGUUGCAAGCGCAAAACCAAAAAGCCACGUGCCCGUGGAAAGAAUUAUUUUUUACAGACUGUGACCACCAACACAAGGGUUGAUGUUUCUUUAGAUACCAUCAUCGAGGAUAUCACAAGAAUUGCUUGUUCUCUGUCUAACAACAUGAAAAGCAAAAUACAAAACAUGGAGUCUGGACAAGGCGUUGAUAUCAAUGCUGUUCUCUCCAUGGUGGAGGACUUUAUCAAACUGAAUACCAUUGACUCCACGCAGCACCAAACUCAAAGCUCUAGCAACCUCGCUCAGCCUCAGCCACCAGAGGGCAGCCCAGGGUCAACAAUGGAGGGGAUUCAAAAGAAGAGCAGCAAAACGCAGUAUCUGUACCGGCAGCUGUGCCACAUUGACAAACGGCUGAGUCUGUUGGGUCCGUCGGGCUUCCCGACCCCACACAGCCACAGCCGAGCUCUUCAACAGAUCCAGGGCAUCAAGGAGUGUCUGGAAGAUCAACUCUCCACAGUCCGUUGUGUCAACCCAGAUGAAACCACCCAGAACAAGCGGAGCCCAGCAGAGAGCACCGAUGGUGCUGAUGGUCAGAGGAAAAGGGGGUGCUGUCACGGGGGGCUUCCCUGGUGGUUUGUGUUUGUGGGCUGGCUGCUAGUCAUCGCAUGCAGCUUUGUCUCUGGAUUUUUCACGAUGCUUUAUGGGUUGAAAUUUGGGAAGGAUCGCUCCGUAAGCUGGUUGGUGUCCAUGUGUGUCUCCUUUUUCCAGAGCGUGCUGGUCAUUCAGCCAUUGAAGGUGCUCUGUCUCGCUGUCUUCUUUGCUCUUAUAAUAAAGAAAGUUGAAGAUGAAGAUUUCCGAAAUGUAGAGUUUGAAGGAAAUCUAGGUGAUGUUAAGGACCAACAAAUGAACAAACGGGAUCCCAGUCUCUAUGAGCCUCCUCCUGCUGCAGACAUUGAGAAGAUGAAAAGGAACACGGUCAUGCAACAGAAAGCUUUCGCCCUCCUCAAAGAAAUAUUGACCUAUGUGGGCUUCAUGUGGAUGUUGCUGCUGCUAGCACACGGCCAGAAAGAUCCCAAUGUCUUUUUCCUGCAUCGUCACAUCCGAGAUAGUUUCAGUAGCCAAACCUCAGACAGCAUGAGUCUUACUGAUGUGUUCACUUGGGCCAACACGUUGCUACUAAGUAACCUUUUUGGAGUUUAUCCAGGAUUCAUCACUGAUGGAAACUCCAAGCUAGUAGGUAAUGCCCGUCUUCGUCAACUGAGGGUGCAGAGCAACUCCUGUCAGAUCGCAGCACCUAUGCUCCACUUUGCACCAGACUGUAACGCUCCAUAUUCAUGGGAGGCCGAGGAUAUGGGCUCCUAUGGCACUGGCUGGAACCGCUCUGAGAGGGUUGAUACCUCUACAGGCACAUCUGGCCCGUGGACAUACCAAACACAGUCUGAGCUCAGGUCUUAUCCCAUCUGGGGCCAAAUGGUGCUCUACAGGGGAGGUGGCUAUGUAGCGGAGCUCGGCCCGGAUUCACAAAAUGCCACCAGCACCCUUGACUACCUGUUCAAGAAUAGAUGGCUGGAUGUCUACACAAGGGCGAUCUUUGUUGAGUUCACCGUGUACAAUGCGAAUGUGAACCUCUUCUGCAUCGUCACUCUCUUGCUGGAGACAAGUGCUGUAGGAGCUUUUCAGUUCCACAGCGAGCUGCACAGUGUUCGGCUUUACCAAUCAACUGAUAAUCUUCACAUCUUCGUUGUGGCUGCUGAGAUCAUAUACCUGCUUUUCAUCCUCUAUUACAUGUUCCUGCAGGGAAAAUUGAUGAAGCAGCAGCGAUGGACUUACUUCAGGUGCAAGUGGAACCUCCUCGAGCUGACGAUCAUCUUACUGAGCUGGAGUGCCGUGGCUGUCUUCGUCAAGAGGACUCUGCUCGGAAACCGCGACAUGACCUACUACGAAAACCACAAGCACCAAUUUGCAAGUUUUUACGAGACAGCCACAGCAGACUCAGCGCUCCAGUAUCUGGUCGCCUUCCUGGUCCUACUGGCAACCUUCAAACUGUGGCACCUGCUCCGACUGAACCCCAAGAUGAACGUGAUCACCGCCGCCCUGCAGCGGGCCUGGAACGACAUAUGCAGCUUUCUUGUGGUCAUCCUGAUCAUGUUUGUGGCGUAUUCCGUUUCGUCCAACUUGAUUUACGGCUGGAAGAUAUCCUCGUAUAAAACGUUUACGGAUGCACUCCUGACCAUCAUCGGUUUGCAGAUAGGCAUCUUCAACUAUGACGAGGUCCUGGGCGACUCCCCUUUGCUCGGCGGAUUCCUGUUUGGUUCCUGCAUUGUUUUAAUGACGUUCGUGGUGCUCAAUCUCUUACUCUCGGUGAUCCUGGUGGCCUUCAAGCAGGAGCAACUACACCACAAGCCCUCAGACGAGGAGGAGAUAGUCGACCUGAUGCUGAAGAAUAUCUGUAGUCUCUUCGGGAUCAGAUAUGAAGAAACGAAUGACGUCCACACGCCUGAUGCGAAGGAGGACGGUGGCGUAAACAUGAACAACAGCAGAAAUAUUCUUAACCAUACAAAAGUUGAUUUUUAGUUGAGUUCUAUUUGUGUGCACUAAUAUUCAUAUGUGUGUUUUUUAGAAAAGCUGUCCUUUUUUAGAAAAGCUGUCCAUAUAUAUAUAUAUAUAAAUUCACAAUACAACAGUUAGAAAACAACAAUUAAACGAUUUAAAACUCUAGUUUGACGUGUUAUUUACUAUAAUGUAUGUUACAAUAUAAUAAAAAAUGAGCACUU